AGGCUGUGCCGGGAGAGGCGGGGAGCAGGAGGCGGAGCGGGGGCCGCCGCCGGAGCUGCCGCGGCUGUUCUGCGAGGCAGAGCGCGGGCGGCUGGGGCAUUGGCCGCGCAGGGACCCGAGAGGAGACAGCCCCGCUAGCAGCCUCCAGCAGAUCCCAGCUGUAUUGAAGAUGAAGUCCUGGAUACUAUCACUGCUCUUGACCUGCAUUAGCUGCACAUGGCACACGCAAGCUGAAUUUUUCACCUCUAUCGGUCAGAUGACAGACCUGAUUUAUGCAGAGAAAGAUCUGGUGCAGUCUUUAAAGGAAUAUAUUCAAGCAGAAGAAUCUAAACUCUCUAAGAUUAAAAGCUGGGCUGAAAAAAUGGAUGCACUGACUAUGAAAUCAGCUUCCGACCCAGAAGGUUAUCUUGCACACCCAGUAAAUGCAUAUAAAUUGGUGAAGCGUUUAAACACUGAUUGGCUGGAAUUAGAGAAUCUAGUUCUUCAGGACUCAACAAGUGGUUUUAUCACCAACCUCACAGUUCAACGCCAGUUCUUCCCAACUGAGGAAGAUGAGACAGGUGCUGCUAAGGCUCUAAUGCGUCUACAGGACACAUACAGACUGGACCCUGAGACCAUGUCUAAGGGAAAACUACCAGGAACAAAAUACAGAUCUUCUUUGACAGUGGACGACUGCUUUGGCAUGGGGAAGACUGCUUACAAUGAAGGAGAUUACUAUCAUACAGUGCUGUGGAUGCAGCAGGCAUUGAAGCAGCACGAUGAAGGGGAAGAUGCAACCAUCACCAAAGCGGAGAUCCUGGACUAUCUCAGCUAUGCUGUCUUCCAGCUCGGUGACUUACACAGGGCCGUGGAGCUCACCAGGCGCCUGAUUUCUCUCGAUUCUGCUCACGAGAGGGCAGGCAACAACCUGCGAUAUUUUGAGAAGUUGCUGGAGAAAGAGAGAGUGGCAAAGCUACUAAAUAAGACGUCAGCUAUAACAGAAUCGGCAGUACAAGGUGGGGUUUAUGAGAGACCUGCUGACUACCUGCCAGAGCGUGAUACCUAUGAGGCUCUCUGCAGAGGCGAAGGUGUGAAAAUGACACCUCGGCGACAGAAGAGACUGUUCUGCAGGUACCAUGAUGGAAACAGAAAUCCCCAUCUGCUCAUAGCUCCCUUUAAAGAAGAAGAUGAAUGGGACAGUCCCUAUAUCGUCCGGUACUAUGAUGUCCUGUCUGAUGAAGAAAUAGAGAAAAUUAAGGAGCUGGCUAAACCAAAAUUGGCACGAGCCACGGUACGUGACCCCAAAACAGGUGUCCUCACAGUGGCCAACUACAGGGUGUCAAAAAGUUCAUGGUUGGAGGAACACGAUGACCCUGUUGUUGCCAGAGUGAAUCACCGAAUGCAGCAUAUCACGGGAUUAACAGUAAAAACAGCUGAACUCUUGCAGGUUGCUAAUUAUGGAAUGGGAGGACAGUAUGAACCACAUUUUGAUUUCUCAAGGCGACCCUUUGACAGCACACUCAAAGCGGAAGGAAAUAGGCUAGCAACGUUUCUUAACUAUAAAGAUGAACCUGAUGCUUUCAAGCGUUUAGGGACUGGAAAUCGUGUGGCCACUUUUUUAAACUACAUGAGUGAUGUAGAAGCUGGAGGUGCUACAGUUUUCCCAGACUUUGGGGCUGCAAUUUGGCCCCAAAAGGGGACAGCAGUGUUUUGGUACAAUCUUUUCAGAAGUGGCGAGGGUGAUUAUCGAACAAGGCAUGCAGCUUGCCCAGUAUUAGUAGGGUGCAAAUGGGUUUCAAACAAAUGGUUCCACGAAAGAGGGAAUGAGUUCUUAAGACCUUGUGGGUCAACAGAGGUUGACUGAAAUCCAACCUGCUACCAGCUCUUCCUUGUGUCCCUUUCCUUCUCUUUCAGUUCAUUUCUAAGAAAUGAUCCACCGUCUAUUAUGAAAGAGCUCUGGCACUUUUUAAAAAGAAUGUCACAUCUAGAAGUGAAAGAAGCAAAAGCCUGUAAUGACUUGGCAGUACUUGGUAACUAUUAUUUCCCCCAUCCCUCCAGUUUCACCUUCUCACCACACCCUCCCAAUUUCUCUCUUCCGUCAUAGCAGUGCAAACAGCACGUUUGGUGAUUCAGUGCAUUUGAGCGGCUGGUCCUGUGCCUUUCAUUCCUCAGAUGUUUUAGAUGUUAAAUAUUUCAUUGAACCAAAGUUUUGUGUACAUGUUAAAUUUAUUGUAUUUCUAUGGAUUUCAAGUUUU